AUGAAUAAGAGUUUCGGAUCUCUUGUCGUUGGCGCCGGAGGUUUUCAAAACCUCCCGUUUUUGGAAAAGGAUUGUCGGAAUUACAUCGAUAAGGCAAGACAUAUAAGGCUUGGUGCUGGUGGUGCUGGUGGUGCUGGAGCGCUUCAGGAAUAUUUUUUACGGAUGCAAUACAAGAAUCCUGGGUUCUUUGCAUCGAUGGAUCUAGAUGACGACGGGAGAUAUGGGAUGCCAUUUGCAACAUUUGUUGGUGUAAACCACCACGGCCAGUCAAUUCUUUUAGGAGCAGGAUUGAUAUCCAGUGAGGAUACGGCAACGUUUGUGUGGUUAUUCAAGACUUGGUUACAGUGUAUGGAUGGUAUAGCUCCUAGAGCUAUUAUCACAGAUCAGGACAGAGUAAUGAAGAAUGCUAUUGCUAUUGUUUUCCCAAAAAGUCGACAUCAAUUUUGUUUAUGGCAUAUACUGAAAAAAGUCCCUGAGAAGCUUUCCUCCUAUUCUGCCUAUAAAAGUGGGAUGAAGAGUGCCUUGAUGAAAUCUGUGUAUGAUUCCCAAAAUGUUGAGGAAUUUGAAAGCUCUUGGGAGCAGUUAAUCACCACUUACAACUUGGAGGAGAAUGCUUGGCUGCAAACUUUAUACACUAAGCGUGCGCAUUGGGUACUGGCAUUCUUGAAAGAUACAUUUUGGGCGGGGAUGAGUACAACGCAGCGGAGCGAGAGCAUGAAUGCUUUUUUUGAUGGUUAUGUUCACGCUAAGACAAGCUUGAAAGAGUUUGUCGAUCGGUUUGACAACGCAUUGAAGAAAAAGAUUGAGAAUGAAAAUACCUCUGACUUUCACUCCUUCAGCGUCACUAUUCCCUGCAUAUCUAGAUCUCCGAUUGAAAAGAAGUUUCAAGAAUGUUACACGAAUGCAAAAUUCAGGGAAGUUCAGCGAGAACUUCAAUGUCUUAUAGAUUUGGCUCUAGAGUUGCUUAAGAGAGAUGGUGGUGUAAAGACGUACCUUGUAGAGGAUGAAGUUCAUGUGCAAGAAUUCAUUAAGCUAGUUAUAUAUUCAGUAGACUUUAGUGAUGUGGAUACAGCUGCAAAGUGUUCGUGUGGGCUAUUUCAGAUGAGGGAUAUAUUGUGCAGGCAUAUAUUGGCUGUAUUUAAAUGUAAUGGUUUGAAAGUUUUGCUGAAUCAGUAUAUUUUGGAUAGAUGGAGGAAGGACAUUAAGAGGAGGUACACGUUAAUCGACAGCAGCUAUGAUGCAGGGGCUGGUUCAAAAAAACAUACUGAGGAUGCAUUACAGAAGUUGCAUGCAAUGAUUGCGUUAUAUAGUGAGAACCAAGAACCUCCAUCUAGAACAUGCACGGGUUCCAAUGUUAUUCCUUCGAUACCGGAGAUAGAAACAUGUGCGGGUUCACAGAAAGUACUCAGUCCGCUAGUAGUAAGAGGGAAAGGCAGACCACCAUCUCUGAGGAGAGCAUCGAUAAUGGAAAAAGAGAUGCGGAAAGUUAAAACGAAGGCGAACAAUGUAACAGUCAAGAAAAAACAUAAACAGAGAGAUAGAGGAGAUACACCUAUGCCGAACACGUGCAGGAAUUUAUUUGGCCCAUCAGAUGAAGAUAUAUCCAAUGUUGGAUUGAUGCAGAGCCCGCCUAUUGAAGACAGUCCAGUUGUUGACAUUAGUGUUACCCAGCGCCAAGAAUCAAUGAUCGGGAGUCAAGAAAGCAUGCACUUUGGGUUGGAUGGAUCACAACCAGUUGAGGUGGAUGAAUCACAACCAUGGAUUGGGGUGAGAAAGUAA